ACAAUUCUUUCACACACGGUUCACAGUCUCAUUCUCAAUGUGGCGUGCGCUUGAGUUACAGUUCAGUGACUGUAAUUGCUAGGCGAUUUCUGUUUGUCCUUAUCUGUCUUUUCAGUUGGCUAUUAGCUGGUACUGUUCACCGGACGACGGACGUCAAUUGCAUGGGAACUUCUUCUGAGGAGAAUAAAAAUUCGGUGCCUGCAUUCUAGACAGAAAACGACUUGUUCUGACUGAAAGUUCUGUUGACGAGCGGAGAAUGGCUUCGAACGGGAUGGAGAGCAUGCAGUUGGCGGAAGAUCAGAUUAAAGUUCUCGAGGAGAAUUUUUUGAGAGUCAGCAAGCAUCCAGAUGAAGCGACACUCAUGUUGAUCGCGGCAGAGUGCGGACUCUCUGAAGCCGAGACCGCUAAAUGGUUCAGGCUACGCAACGCUUUGUGGAGGCAGGCAGAGGGUCUUCCUGCUCAGCUGGGCUCAGUGAGGGACUGAGGAGGGCCCGACACCAGGACGUCCGCUACCCUGCUGUCGUCUCCCCCAGACCAAGCCCUUACUGACCAACUCUUCCUCAAUCCUCUUGUCCUUCUCUCAUUUGUAUCCCGUUUGUUACUUAGCGAAUGUGAAGUGUUUGCGACUUGUGUGUCUUGCCAAUCUAUAACCCGCCAUGUUUACAUAAAUAAACAAAAACGUAUAUUAUUAUAAGUUAAA